AUGAGUUCAAACACAUUUAAUCUUGUGCAUGUUGAUAGAUCAUCAGAGCCAUCCCAUGUUCAGACUUUUCAUUCCACUGCUAAAUGGAAUGCUCAUUUUGAUGCUAUUAAACAAACUGAUAAACUGAUGGUUAUUGAUUUCACAGCCAAAUGGUGUGGACCUUGCAAACUUAUGAAUCCAACUAUGAAAGAUUUUGCUGCAAAAUACACCGAUGUUGAGUUUAUUAAGCUUGAUGUCGACGAGUUAAUGGGAGUGUCUCAAAAAUUUCAGGUGUAUUCAUUGCCAACUUUCUUACUUGUUAAGAAAGGAAAUGUUAUUGAUAAAGUUGUGGGAGUAAGAAAGGAGGAGCUACAAAGGAUGAUUCAGAAACAUAUAAACUAA